UUCGCCCGCGCUUUCCUUCGCUGCUCGUGCUCACGGCGCUCCGUUUUCGACAGCGGCAGAUCGCGUGCUCGCUGAACAGCGAUGCAAAGACUGCAAUGCGGUUUCAAGAAGGUUGCCGACGUCGACAGCUUUUUUCGUGGCGGCAACCUCAAGAAAGGGGAGUGUCUGCUUCCACACGUGUAUGGCGUUGAACAAAUUGUGGGCGGUGAUGUGACAGUGAAGGCAAAGUGCGUGUCGGAGUUGUCCAACAAGAUAUACGACAUCGAGUUAGAGAUACAAGUUGGAUGCACAUAUACAUGCAAUGGUGUGAGAACAACUUCAUCAGCAAACGAAUGCAUCAUUAUGUCAAGUACCGGCUUGAAGAAGAUGCAACCAAGACUUCACUACAUGUGCAAGCUCGGAACUUGCAGUAACAAUGUAUGCGUAACAAGUGAUCUUCAAGUUGAAUGCUGGCUAGAUUCCUACAAUGACAUGUACAACAGACAUAAAAGCUCAUGACAAGAAAGGGCGUAAAAAGUGAAACGCUUGCUGGCAAGACACAUUUGCUUUCUGCAACUGAUAAUA